AUGGAUUUACAAAUCAAGCAUGCAGUUAUGGGCAUGACAUGGUUUUGUGGCCAAGUCACUCAGUUGCAGAGCCGGGCAUUUAAAAGAUAUCCCCGGAUCUGCUUAAAGUAUGCAUCUCUGAAUGUUCAGAAAUUGCAAAAUGAUCUCCCAAGAGUUGGAAUAUCAUUUCCUCUCAGAAUAAAAAAUCAUCCACCGAGGAGUCUUGUUGAUGGGCCUCGCUCGUUUUCUUCCUUCAGAUUUGGGCCGCCCCUUGGAUGUGAGCUUCCCAGCACCCGAAUGCCCAUGAAUAUUUCAUGUUAUGGGUUGGUGAGUGGGCUUCGACCAAGUCAUCAUUUUUGUACUGGUACUAGGUCAUUUUCCCAGAUUCCGAGAACUGGUACCCGGAAUAAUGUUGUUAUGACGGAAGGUGGUGCCGGAGGCAGUACAAGGAAAGUUGAGUUUUUCAAAAAAUUCAAAAAGCAUCGCAAGGGGCAGAAGGCCUUGGGUGCCCGCAAAGGAAAUGCAGUGUCCACAGAGAAAUUGGUAAGUGGCACUUCCGAAGUAAAAGCAUCAGCACCGGAAAAUAUUGCCGAUAUGCCCUCAUCAAGUAGAGAAAACGUUGAGGGUAGCUUGAAGUCCACCAUAAGCAACAGUGGUCGAAUGCCCAAGGGCAAAGAGAAAGUGAAACAUCAAUCUAAAAGCAAGAAAAAACAGAAACAAUCAUCGAGCGUGUGUGCUUCUGUUGAUUUAGCAGACACUCCUAGCAGCUCAGUGAAAAAUUCUCAAGCAAAAAAGAUUAUGAAUAACAAAUGUAAAGCAUCUUCUGUUUCAUCAGAGAAUAAUUUGACUUCAAGUUCUCCAACCGAGGAGGUUACCAGCAAUAUCACGACAAAUAACAUUCCCAGAAUGGCGAAGAAAAAGGGACAAUGUAACGAAAGGAAAGGGAGUUCUGCACCGAAAUCCAAGAAAGAGACUAAAGGACAGUCAAGUGAUGGCAAGGCGGUUUCAAUUGGCAAAAGUGCACCACCGAGCAAUAAGAAUAAACCUGGACGCAAAAAAGCUUGGCGCCAGUUAUACCCGCCAAUUGGUAAAUCAGUCGUUGUGGUUGAGUCUGUCACGAAAGCCAAAGUCAUUCAAGGAUACCUUGGUGAUAUGUACGAGGUCCUUCCUAGUUAUGGUCAUGUCAGAGACUUGGCUGCUAGAUCAGGAUCAGUGCGGCCUGAUGAUGACUUCAGUAUGGUGUGGGAAGUCCCUUCUCCUGCCUGGUCUCAUCUAAAGAGUAUUAAGGUUGCACUAAGCGGAGCAGAAAAUCUUAUUCUAGCUUCGGACCCUGAUCGCGAAGGAGAGGCCAUUGCCUGGCACAUCAUAGAAAUGUUGCAUCAACAGGAUGCCCUGCGUGAAGGUGUGCAAGUAGCAAGAGUUGUCUUUACUGAAAUAACUGAGUCGUCCAUUAAAAAUGCACUCCAGGCACCUCGUGAGAUCGAUGUUGACUUGGUGCACGCUUAUCUUGCGAGGCGUGCUCUCGAUUAUCUCAUCGGGUUCAAUGUGUCUCCUCUGCUAUGGAGAAAAUUGCCCGGCUGCCAGUCCGCUGGCCGCGUCCAGUCUGCCGCCUUAGCCCUCCUAUGCGAAAGGGAAAAAGAAAUCGACGAGUUCAAACCCAAUGAGUACUGGACGGUUGAUGCUCAGUUCCAGAAGAAAGAUCAAAGGCAGACAAACAAAAUCUCCCUCUCAGCGCAUUUGACCCAUUUCGGUUCUCAGAAGCUGAGCCAGUUGUCAAUUGGCUCUAGUGAGGAGGCAGAAAAUAUUCAUAAAAAGGUCGACCAAUCCGAGUUUGUGGUCCUCAGUACCAAAACCAGUAAAAUCCAAAGAAACCCACCCACGCCAUACAUAACGUCGACCCUCCAGCAAGAUGCAGCCAACAGAUUGAACUUUUCGGCAUCGCACACAAUGAAAGUCGCUCAGAAGCUUUACGAGGGUGUCCAGCUGUCGGACGGAAAGGCCACGGGGCUCAUAACCUACAUGAGGACUGACGGCUUGCACUUAUCCGAUGAGGCCGCAAAGGACAUCCAAUCGUUUGUGGCUGAGAAGUAUGGGGCCGAUUUUGCCGCCAAGAGCAGACGCAGGUUUUUCAAGAAGGUGAAGAAUGCUCAGGAGGCCCACGAGGCCAUCCGUCCCACCGAUAUCCGGAGGCUGCCAUCUACGCUCGUUGGGGCCCUUGACGUGGACGCCCUGAAGCUGUACACUCUCAUAUGGGCCCGCACGAUGGCGUGCCAGAUGGAGCCCGCCGUCAUCAGACAGUUGCAGUGUGAUUUUGCGAACACCAAUCGGUCCAUUAUUUUCCGGUCCACUUGCUCGAAGGUGGAUUUUCUGGGCUUUCAGGCUGUUUACAAGGAUGCUGAGUCCGUAAAAAUUCAGAAUGAUGAAGAUGAUGACAAGUACCAUCGUAGUGAAGUCUUCGAUAUUUUGAGCAGCUUAAAAAGUGGAGAUGUGCUGUGCCUGACUAAAGUUGAACUGGGUAAACACCAAACGCAGCCCCCGCCCCGUUACACAGAGGGGUCAUUGGUGAAAAACCUCGAGGAACUCGGCAUAGGGAGGCCCUCCACAUAUGCCACCACUAUCAAGGUUCUGAAAGAUAGGAAUUACAUAACAAUGAAAAGCCGGACUCUCUGCCCGGAGUUUCGUGGCCGAAUGGUGUCAGCAUUUCUCUCUCAUUAUUUUUCUGAGGUGACGGAUUACAGUUUCACCGCCGACAUGGAGAGUGAGCUCGAUAAUGUCUCGGCAGGAAUAACCGAGUGGAGGGGCCUUCUGAGUGAUUAUUGGACCAGAUUUAGCAAGUACUGUGAGAGCGCCAGCAAAGUUCAUAUCCACGAGGUGGAGAAGAUGUUGGGUAAGACGUUUGGCAGUUUCUUGUUUUCCUCACUACCUGAUGGGAAUAGAACCUGCCCAAGCUGCCUGGUGGGGACAUUAGUUUUUAAAGUGAGCAGGUUUGGUGCGGGAUAUUUUAUUGGCUGCGAUCAGCACCCAAGAUGCAAGUAUAUUGCUAAAACGCUCUACGGCGAUGAUGAUGAAGAUGCUACUCCUGAGAACCAAAAGACCAACAAUGUGCAGGAACCAAAGUUGCUCGGGCUGAAUCCAGGGACCAAUGAGAAGGUUUUCUUGAAGACUGGCCCAUAUGGAUCCUAUGUGCAGCUUGGUGACAACGUGAAGGGACAUGCACCGAAGCGAGCUUCGGCGUCUUGGAUCAAGGAUGUCAGAUCCAUCACUUUAGAAGAUGCCCUCGAGUUACUCAAGUAUCCACUAACCUUGGGAAACCAUCCGGAUGAUGGCUAUCCGGUACUAUUAAAGCUUGCAAAAACAGGUUUUUCAAUUAAACAUCGGCGCUCAGUUGCUCCCGUGCCAAAGAAUACGAAGCCUGGGGAAAUAACCAUGGAGAAAGCUUUGGAACUAUUGCAAGGUAAGGAAGUGAAGCGAUGUGGACGACCAAAGCGUAACAAGGUUAAAGAGGCCAUUGAAGCUAUGUAA